ACCAUAGUGGCUGCUCAGUGUUUUGCUCUUCAGUUGAGCCGUCAAAUAGAGCUAUGGAGCAAUCCGUCAGAGAGUUGGACAACUUGCUAAGGAAAUGGGAAGAAAAAAUUCCGACCUCUAACCACAAUCCCAUACCAACGUUAAACGAAUUAUGUGAAUUAUUUGAAACAGAAUUGCACAAUUAUUUUAUAAAUAACAAUGAUCCCUUUUAUGGUCGCCAUCCAUUUCGAAUAGAUCUGAAUUGUGUAUUGGCCCAGAUGUAUUUGAAUAUGUUUCGCAAAGUUUCUUUAAUGAAUAAGUUAGUAAUGGAUUAUUUUCCAAUACAAACUAAAAAGAACUACAAUUUAAGCGAGGCAGCAUGUAGGCUUAUAAGGAAUCUCAUACCAGGGUUAGAAUUGACUUUUAUUAUUAAAGAUUCGGGUCAACUUCAAAAUCGUCAACUUAUACAAAGGCUAUUCACUUGGGCAGAAAAUAAUAGUGAACCAUUUCAAACUUAUGCAACUGGAUUUUUGGCAUCUUGUAUGUCUUUUGUAGACAUUGCUGAUAAUUUCAUGGAAGAUAAUAAUAAGCUUGUUCCAAUUAUAUUGGAUCGUCUACAAUCAUAUUAUACUCUGUUCUGCGAAGAAAAUGAAAUCAAUCAAAACAUACAAAAAUAUCAAAAUACAAAUUGCGAUCAAUCUAAUUGUGAUACAGUUGCUCCAUCUCCAAAAAAUAAUAAAAAAGAAAAAAAUUUGAUUUAUGGUAAAAGCACUACAAACUCCUCUACUCACUCUAAUGCAAGCAUCUGGAAACAAAUCUAUUCACCUAAUUUGAUAUCAAAAUUAGUUUACUCUCUCAAAUUUUUAGUAUCGACUAUAGGAUGUCCAGAGUCCUUAAAGCAUGCCCAUGAGAAAAAUGCACUCAACUUGGUAAUGAAAAUAAUUAAUUCUUCAGAAAAACAGAAUGGUUAUUUAACAAUUGAAGCAUUGAAAUAUUUGGCUGCUCUUAUAUUCCACAAACAAUUAGCCACAGAAUUUAUUGGUUUGCAAGGAUUACAAAAAUUACUUCUAAUUCCAAAACUUAGUAUUCCAUUCACUGGUGUUUCAAUUUGCUUAUAUUAUUUGUCAAAUCACGAAGAAGUAAUGGAAAGGAUUUGUCUUUUACCUGAAAUUGUCAUUGUUGAUCUUGUAAAGUAUGCAUUUUGGAUAUUGGAGUGUUCUCAUGAUUCUAGUAGACUUUUUGCAAUUAAGUUCUUCAGUAAAAGUUUUCAUUAUAAAGUUAUUCAAGAAAUAUUUGAUAACCAUGAUGGAUUACGUAAGCUGUUUAAUAUGGUUACCUAUUAUACCUUGCCUAUUUUUUCAUCUGAACAUCCAGCAAAUAGUUCAUUGAUUGAAGAUGCUGAAUGUUAUGUAAUGAAAAUCAUUCGUCAUGUCUGUGCUGGUUUGAAACAUUACUUUGAAGCGCAUUUACAUAUAAAAGUUUGGAAAAUACAAUAUAGAGCGAAAAUAAGAGAUUCUGAUCCGUUAAUUUCAUCAACAACGAAUUUUUACACAGUACCUGGUUAUAAAUCUACAAAAAAAUCUCGAGAUAAAGUCCUAGAAGACAUAGAGCUAUUAUCAAAUGCUGUGUUUCUGCAGAACCAUUUUACACCGAUUGAUCAAUUUCUUAAAUUGGGUGGCUUAAGUUUAUUAUUGAAAAUAAUUAGUUUGUCCCAUGAAUGGAAAUAUUCCGAUUGGAGGAGAUGUGAAAUGAUUAAAAAUGCACUAGAAGUAUUAAGCAAAUGUGCGGUAUUACCAAAAGUUCAAUUAUCGUUGUGUAAAGUGCCAUCACCUAAAUUUCCAGUAGAUAAUCAAAAUGAUAUCUCUGCAGUGGGAGAAGAUGAUCCACAUGAUGCAAAUGACAAUGUCGGAUUAAAUAUUAUUUUAAUAGCAGCAAAAGGAGAUCUUUUAGAUGCUAAUAUUCAAAAAGCUGCACUUUCUAUCAUUAUAACUUGUGUUUGUGCACCAAUACAUAGGGAAGUUAUAAAUAACACAUACUAUUCAUCAUAUGGGUCAGUUAGAACACUAAAACCCCAGACUUAUGACGCUGUGAUUGAAAAAAGUUGGGAUUGUAUUCGGAAUAAUAAUGGAAUUAUGGUUUUACUUAGUUUAAUGACUAUUAAUAAACCAAUUACUGAUGUUGACGCUAUACGAGGAUUGGCAAGUCGUGCAUUAGCAGGAUUGGCUCGCUGUGAAUCAGUUCGUCAAAUUAUCAGUAAACUACCUUUAUUUAACAGUGGUCAAUUACAAAGUUUAAUGAAAAAUCCUGUAUUGCAAGAAAAACGUCAAGAACAUGUAACAUUUCAAAAAUAUGUUUUAGAGUUAAUGGAAUUGAUUUCAGGGAAAAUAAAAAAUAAUGGUGCUGAAAAUGAAGUAUCAAUGGCAAAUAUAAAUCGAACAAACGUUGCUGCUCAAACUAAAAUUAAUUUCGAUGAUCAACAAUUGCUAUUUUUAAUACAUCAACAUUUAAUCGCAAAAGGUUUGUCCACAACUGCAGAAUCAUUAAAACAAGAGGCAAAUUUUAAAUUGGCUGUGAAAAAGUCUACACCAUUUACAUGUAUUUUGAAUCGCAGUAAUCAGUCGAUUGAAAGAGGAAUAUCUACAAUAAGCUCUAGACCCGCGAUUCGAAACCAAACAUUUGAAUUAGCCUAUUCACCAAAUUGUCGUGUAGGUGCUGAAUUUAGUGCCAGAGAAAUUAAUUCAACUCCAAUACGUUUGAAUGUCGAUAGACUAUCAGAAAGUUGUCCAAAACCGGAGCCAGAACAAGAACUUGAAUUAGCUCUGUCUAAUUCAGUUCAUAAAAAAAUUGACCAAGAUUUAAUAGCACUCACUGAUAACAAUACUAACUCUAAGAUUAGUUUAGAAUCUAUCGUUACAGAAUACUUAACUAAUCAACAUGCUUCGUGUACAUAUCCUAUGGUUCCAUGUCCUCAAUUCGACUUAUUUGUCCCACACAAAUGUCCUGAUCCUAAACUAAGGAGCUCAAUGUGUACAAACUUUGCUAUGCGAUUUUCCAAAAACAUACAUUCUAGAAAACUAAACCAAAGACUUAUACACAGUCGUUUUUGUCCAACCCGAAAUUUCCACAUGUAUGAUGAAAAUGAACAUUUCACGUGUUGCGAUUUUUUAAACCAAAAUCGUGUUGUUACUGGAACAGACAAUGGUAGAAUAAUAGUAUUCAAUUUAUUUACUUCUCAAGUAGAACUAUCAUUUGAAGCCCACGCUUCAUAUAUUAUCGACUUACAAUGCAGUAGGGAUGAAAGGAUUUUGUUAUCAUCUCAAUCUUGCCAAAGGCCUUUUACGUCUGUUUGGUCUAUAACUGGAGAUGCACUCAAUUUUAAAUAUUCUUUGGACUACGAAGAAUACUGCACUUUUAGCAAUUAUAACCAAAAUAAAAUACUUGGAACUAAAGCCGAAAUAGCAACAAUAUAUGAUUUAGAAACUAGUAAAAGAAUAUUGACAUUAGUACCAAGACAUUCAAAUCAGUACAGUAGAAAUCAAGCGGCAUUUGAUGCUACAAAUGAAUUAGUGUUAUCAGAUGGUGUAUUAUGGGAUGCCAUUGGUGGAAAAGAAAUUCACAAGUUUGAUAAAUUAAAUCAAUUUGCUAGUGGAAUUUUCCAUCCAAAUGGACUUGAGAUUAUAUCAAAUACAGAAGUAUGGGAUAUGCGCACAUUCCAAUUGUUGCGAACAGUGGCAAGUCUUAAUAAAUGUUAUGUGACAUUCUCCAAAUCAGGAGAAGGGAUGUAUUUGUAUGUCAAUGAUCAAACAGUUGAAAGUGAUUUUUGUUUUGAAACUUCAUUUAAAACUUUAGAUCCUAAUGACUACUCAAAUAUAGCCAUUGUUGACGUUCAAAAAUCGAUAUAUCAUUUGGCUUGCAAUAGUUCCGAUACUCAAAUAGCUAUUGUUGAAAAUCAAGAAACGCUUGAAAAUAUUGAAGAGUCAAUCGUACAAAUAUAUAAUGUUGGUAGAUCUAGAAAUGAAGAUGAAGAUGUUGAAAAAGAAGUUUAUGAGGGAGUUGAUUCUGAUGAUGCAAAUUAACGAAAAUUCAAACCCAGAAGACAAUAUAUCGCUUUUAUAGCCAAUAAUAUUGUAACUGUUUGUAAAAAUAAAAUUAAAA